AGUUCCCUAUGCCCAAUUGUCGACUAUACUGUAUCUUUGCAUUGUUGCAUACUUCUAUCCACCAUCUCCUCUGUUCAAUGAAUUGUUUUCUGUUUUGCCCAUUCAGUUGUUUCUUACUUAUCAGUGGAAGAAUGUGAUUUCUCUUUUUGGUUGAAAAGCUGAUUUUUCUUCGGUCGUUUCACUUUUGUGGACUGUUUUUGUAAUCUUAUCCCUUUCUUCUCGAGUUUCAUUGUGGUGUUUGUCGUCCUCAUCUCCAAUUGUUAUUUCGGAUUAUCUUAAUCUUGCUCUGUCAAAUGUUUUGUGCUGCCUGAUUUGCUUAUAUUCGUCUUCCCUUUAUGCUCUGUGAUAAUACUAUCUUACUCAGCUGGGUAACCACAUGCGUUAGAACUACAAAUUUACUACCAACUAACUCAAAGCCUGUUGUACUUCAUUUGACAUCGAAUUCUGAUGAUGAAAGCUGCAGUACUGGAGAUUCAAGAACACCAUCAAAACCGCUAAAAGGAACUCAAAACUUGAUUUCUCGUCGAUGGUGCCUCACAUGUUUAUGUUCAUCUGUGACAUUGAUGAAGAAUUAUGGGGGCACGACUGAAGCUAUUGCAAAUACCAUGGAUGGAAAACCUGUGUGCCGAAAUUGUGGAGGAAGUGGUGCCGUACUUUGUGACAUGUGCGGUGGUACAGGGAAAUGGAAAGCUCUAAAUAGAAAACGGGCUAAAGAUGUCUAUGAGUUUACAGAAUGUCCAAAUUGUUAUGGUAGAGGAAAACUUGUAUGCCCUGUUUGUCUAGGAACUGGUUUACCGAACAACAAAGGUCUCCUAAGAAGGCCCGAUGCACGACAAUUGCUCGAUAAGAUGUACAACGGUCGCUUAUUACCAAAUUACUGAACUUCAUCUCUCCAUGUCCAUAGUUGGUAAUAGAUGUAUAACUUGUUUCUAGUUGGUAGAAGUUACCUAAUUGCGGCUUUUGUCAUGGUUGCUUCACGACGGAGUUCAAUGAGUGGAAAAACAUAGCUAUGGAGUUGGACGGCAA